AUGUUUGCUAGGGAAUGUUAUACUAACUUUAGAUACAAGAUUGCUCGCAAUUCCUUCCCAAAGCCUCAAGCCCCCACCGUUCCCGAUGAGAUCGACAUUGUCUCUGCCUCGCCCUCACAAGUCAACACUAUCCCAACCAUUCCGGCAGAAGCUUCUACCAUCACGGAGCCAGAUACACAGGUAACCACUGGGAAUACUCCCCCAACCUUCAGUCAAGAUCAGGCUUUGUCACCAUCUUCCCCAAAGAUGCCGCCUCCACCUAUUGUCCCUGCGUUCCCGUCCCCCCCUCCAGCACCCCUUGUGAAGGAGGCUACACCCCCUCUACCUGAAGCUUUAGAUUCGGAGGAUGAGAUACUACUAGCUUCCCUAUCUAACAUCCUCACAACUCAAUUCGAUGCGGCACCACCAUACACCAUCCAGCGUCUCUCAGAACUAAUACGCUAUCCAAACGCCCAUUACAAGUCCCUGUCGAAAUACCUUCGUGCAAUCCAACGCGUUCUAUCCGUUUCCUCGCCAACUACUGCGUUCCCGCUUCCGCCGAGCGUAGUGGAGAGUAUGCCUAAUGGCGCCGCGUCCUUUAACCUCGGUAGUGACGAGAGUCUCGGAGGCGCGCUGUUGAGCCCUAUCCCGUGGUUGGCGGAAUCACCACUCACUGAGGGUACUGAAGGGGUUAAUGGGGUUAGCCAGGGAGAGCUGUUGAGACAGGAACAAGAAUUGAAUAUUGUUCCCGCGGCUCAGGUUUCUAGUCCCCCUGAAGCAGGUAUGCAUGCUGAGGGCCCUCCUGCGUUGGGUCCGGAGGAUGUGGGCCCGCAGCCGGAGGGGACGGUGUUUCCAGAUCCGCCGGCGACAAUUGAAGAGGCGAGGAGCCCUAGACAUGCGUCCAUGGGAGGGAAGGAGGAGGGGAUGGGGGAUGCAGUUGAAAGUGCCGGGAAGGAGGGGGUUAAAGAUGGUGAGGGUGAGGUAAGGGAGGCGAAGGCGAAGGAUGAAAUGGAGAAAGUAGCAGAAGGGGGCGAGGCUCAAGUGGAGAUCGAUGGGGGGAAGCAGCAGCCAGAGAACAAAAAAGAUAUGGACCUUGAUACAAAGGAACCGGAGCCCCCAAAGGGGCCCAUAGCAACCGAGUCAUCGGAGAUGAUGCAACUUGAUACCCCAACACCGGAUACCAAAACGACACCUCCGGCAACCGAGAAAAAUCCAGAAGGGGGGGAUGCUGGAACAACCUCUUAGAGUCUUUGAAUCGGGUUGUGAUUAUUUGCUUUAUUUUUUUUUCUCCUAACCCUAGGCUCUCUUGUGUUUGGAUUUUCCAUUUUCCAACGGCUUCU